AUGGUCCUGCUGAGCGGCUCCACGCCGUGGCUGAUCGGAGGAGUCCUCUUAUUGAGUCUAGUCUUCCGGACUCUAUUUGGCGGUUCUCGGAUCCGAAGAGACGGCGUCGCGUUGAAAAAGCCGCCAAACACGUUGCCAUUGGUCGGCAACGGCCUGCUGUUCCUCCAGGCUCGCCAGAAGCUCUUCUCAUGGUUUGUGAAAUGCGAGCGGAUCUUCGGCCACGAGACAUUCGAGAUCUCCGUGCCGACGCUGCCUCCCGGCGUGGUCAUCAACGACCCCCGCAACCUCGAGUUCGUGUACAAGCACGAGGGCACCUUUGGCAAGGGCGAGUUCGUCAAGCGGCCGCUCGCGGACCUCUUCGGUAGACAUGGCAUCAUCAACUCGGACGGCGAGCUGUGGAGGGUCCAGCGCAGGGCGGGCAUGCAGUUCCUCAACGCGGCGAAUCUUAGGGUCUUGACGGAUAUUGCCCUGCCGCAGUAUCUCGCAGACAGCAUUGGCUAUCUGGGGAAGCGGGCGAAUGGCCAGGUCGUCGUGGAUCUACAGACGGUGUUUCACGAGAUCACGAGCCAAUUGAUGGGCAAGAUGGCAUAUAAUAUGGAGAUGCACGCGGACGACGAGUUCACAGUUGCGUUUGAUUAUGCGUCUGGUGGCACUGCAGAGAGGAUACAAAACCCUCUUUGGUACAUCACAGAGAUAUUCUCCGGCGCGAAGCUACGGAAGUCCAUUGCAAUCGUCAAGGCAUACGGACAGCAAAUCGUGUCAAAUGCGGUGAAAGACCGUCAGCAGGGCAAGUCAAGGUCACUCACUGCCUCGGAAAACAAAUUAGAUGAGAUUUCCGGCAGCUUGAUACAGUCCUUGCUCGAUUCAAUAGGCGAUGAAUCCAUGGUCGCGGAUUCAGCGCUAAAUUACCUAUCAGCAGGACGAGAUACUGUCGCCCAAGCCCUAACUUGGGUGUUCUACCUACUAAUGAGACAUCGGUACGCCGCCGCCAAGGUCCGCAAAGAAGUCCAAGAACUCCUGAGAGAUCAUGACGCAUCGUUUGGAUCGCAAGAUGUUGAUCCUACGUUGUUCAACCCCGCUGUCAUGCCAUACACAAUGGCCGUCUUCUACGAAACGCUUAGGCUAUACCCGCCCAUCCCCUUCGAAAUCAGACAAGCAGACCACGCAAUCACCCUCCCAGACGGGACCUUCCUCCCCAAGGGCUCCGUGCUCGUGUGGUGCACGUGGGCCAUGAACCGCUCCAAGAUGACCUUCGGCGAGGACGCAGACGCGUUCCGGCCAGAACGGUGGCUGGUCGACGGGAGCUUCGUGUCGAAGAGCGCGUCCGAGUUCCCGACCUUCAAUGGAGGCGCGAGGACGUGUCUGGGGAAGAGGAUGGCCGACCUGAUCGCCGUGCAGGUGAUCGCUACACUGUCGUGGCUAUUCGACUUCAUGCCGGCCGAGGACGGGGAGCGGAACAGACAUGACUUUACGAGAUAUCUAUAG